GGGCGUAUCAGGAUGCAGAUGUUUUACAACUGUUGUGCGGGCACUGCUUAAAUAUUGCUGCUACACGAUUCUAUUGUGGAGGAAGACCGUACAUUCCGUCUAGCUUUGUGUCAGUGGAGGUAAAUCGUCGAAAAUGGCAAAUGUCGACCUCGCUAAACUCGGAAAGAACUUGUUAAAGAGCGGUGAAACUGGAGAGACUGUAGAGCUCCAGUCCCUGUGGCAGGACCAGCCGGUGGUCUUGUUCUUCCUGCGCAGGUUUGGCUGUCAGGUGUGUCGGUGGAUGGCAACAGAGAUCAGCAAGCUCGAGCCGGACCUGAGAGCCAGCGGUGUAGCGCUGGUGGGGGUCGGACCAGAGGAGUUUGGGCUGAAGGAGUUCAGGGAAGGAGGGUUUUUCAAUGGAUCCAUUUAUGUUGAUGAACAUAAGAAAAGCUACAAGGAUUUGGGCUUCAAAAGAUACACAGCCUUGUCUUUGGUACCUGCUGCUUUGGGGAAGAAAGUACGAGAUGCAGCUGCAAAGGCCAAUGCUGACGGCAUCAAGGGAAACUUCUCAGGAGAUCUGCUCCAGAGUGGAGGCAUGCUCAUUGUGGCCAAAGGUGGAGAAAAGGUCCUAGUGCACUUUAUCCAGGAUUCACCAGGAGACCACAUACCUCUGGAGGAUGUUUCCAUGGCUUUGGGUAUCUCAUCCAACGCAAAAGCAGGACAGAUGCCAGUGUGCAAUGAUGAUGUUUGUACACGGUGACGACAGCUGCACAUCAUACCGCAUGAAUAUCUACGCAUCUGGCAGCUGAAAUAGAGAUUUAAAGUGGAGUGUCAGGAAAAUGCAACUGUGAUCAUAAAACUACUGCCAAUAUUUAUAAUUGCUUGUAAUUUCUGUGUUACUGCCUCGUAAUAUGUAAUUGUAUUAUCUACAGUGAACGCAACGUGGACAUUCCUUAUCAUUAAAGUUGAAUUGUAUGUGCUUUUUUGAAAGUGAA